AUGUAUCUAAUGAAUUCUACCAUGUUCAAUUCAAACGGGAACAAGAGUUUCUCUCUUGCUAACAUAAUUGAAGAACAACUAACUAAUAUAACUAUAGUAGGGGCUAAUUCUAUGAAUUUAGAAAAUGACAAUAAUGACUUGACAUUAGAUGAUUGUCAUACGCUUGAAAGUGCCUCCUCCUCUCCUCGAAGAAACAGUUCCAAUAGCACUAAAGAAGAGAAAUUACCAGAACUCGAAGCUGACAAAAAUAAAAUUAUUGAUGUCUUGACUGUACCUGAAGUUCGUUGGUUUUACAAAGAACUAGACAAAACAUCUAAUAAAGUCUGGACUCCUUUUGGAGGACAUGAUACUAUUAAUAUAGAAACUAUAUUUAGGAGCUUACCAGUAGAAUUACAGAACAUACCGAAAAAACAUAGCCCUAAAUCGGACGUAGCUUACAACUUUGUUGACGAAUCAACUAAAGAAAAUGUGUCGCAGAACGUUUCUGCUAAAGUUUUGGUUCUUGGAAAUUUAUAUGAAGUUGAUUUAAUAUCUAGAUCUUGCACAAGCAUUUAUUGGCCUGGUGAAUAUUACACUGUGAUUCGUGGAACUUGGUUUUAUGACACAUGGCAACCCUUAGAUGAAGAAUGUGGAAAAUAUUUGGAACCAGUUCACUUACAAUUAUUUUUAGGAAAGAAGUGUUCAGAAUUCCUGGCUGAUACCACUACCAAAGUUCAUUCUGAAGCAUUUGUGGAUUUCAAUGUGGACUGGUAUUCCCCUUUAGAAAUAUAUUUGUAUAGCCAUGGUACACCUUCAAAAAUAGUGAGAAGUUUUACGCAAAAGUUGGGCUAUUUUCAAAAGUCUACUGGUACUAGAAUAUUUAGAGGUUUUAAAGACAUUGCGACUGAUGCUGAUAAACAACAUGAUAUUUCCCAUCUUGUAUUUGUCGUUCACGGAAUCGGGCAGAAGAUGAAUAUUGGCGCACAAAUAUUUCGUAAUACUUACAGUAUAAGAGAAAGAGUAACUUCUUUAAAAAACAAAUUUUUUCCUGAUUGUACCAAGCGUGUGGAAUUCUUUCCUGUCGAAUGGAGAAAUAACUUAGUCUUAGAUGGAGGAACUGUCGAAGCGAUCACGCCUCCUCAUGUGAAGUAUUUGAGACAAGUACUGAAUACAUCAGCGAUGGAUAUUAUGUAUUAUACUAGCCCGAUCUAUAUGGGUGAAAUACAAGAAGGUUUAGUUACCGAAAUGAAUAGAUUGUAUACGAUGUUCAGAGAAAGGAACCCUAAAAUUAUUCCUAAGGUAUCUGUGAUAGCACAUUCAUUAGGAGCAGUCAUUACGUAUGAUAUUGUAACUGGAUGGCUUCCAACGGGUAUGCCAAUGGAUGGUGUGAUAAAUCCUGGUAAAUCAAGAUUGAAUUUCGAAAUAGACAAUUUUUUCUGUCUUGGCUCACCUCUGUCUGUAUUCCUAGCCCUGAGAGUUCCCAAAGGCCACCAUGGUUACCAUUUGUUUCCUCCAACGUUGUGUAACAGACUGUAUAAUAUUUUCCAUCUCACCGAUCCAGUUGCCUACAGACUGGAGCCAUUAGUACACCGUGAUUACUCUAGAAUCUCACCUUUGGCUAUACACCCAUAUGCUGCUAUUAAUCCUAUUGCGUAUUGUGAUAUGCCUCUCGAACUGAUCCCACCGGAAGCCGUCAUCAGCUCUAGUUGUGGAAAUUCAAAAGAAAAAGAAGGGGAAGUCGAGCCAUCUAGUUCUCCCGUUGAAACACCCAGUAAAGAAAAAGGUUGGAGCCUUUGGAAUUCAUUAAUUCGUGGUCAUAACAGAAGCCUGGACAGCAGUGGAGCCUCGCACCGCACUGAUUCUCCAACUCAGGGGCUUGAACACAGGCUGGACUAUGUUCUAACUAGCGGUACGUCUGGUCCUCUCGUCGUUCGCUCAGUACUCGUCUCCCAUACUGCCUACUGGAGUAACUACGACGUAGCCUUUUUUGUGUUAACCCGAAUAUUUCCCGAAUUAGAAUCUUCCACUCCAUUGGAUGAUAAAGCCUUUCCUUCUACUUCUAAACCAUAAUAAUACAAUACUUUUAAAUAUAAAUUGAAUGUUGACAACUUAAUAACAGUCCAAGGGUCACGCAGUGCUUUAAUGAUAGUCAAAGUUUUAUAUUCAGUUGCUUUUGCUCACUUAUGUAUGUUUUUUUUAUUUUUUAUUUUUUAUUGAUAUAAUCGGUAUAUUAAUAAAAAGGAGCAAAAGACUCACACAGAGAUAUAAAUAAUUGUUAUAAUAUAAUUGCAAGAUUCGAAACACGAAUCCUUGAGUCUCGAACAUACAUGUGAACAGUUGACUUGCUGACAGCACAUCUAACAUAUGUUCUAAAAAUAACAUCUUUUUUGUUUCUAUAACUUAUCAGCUGUUAUUUAGCCUCCCUCUAGUAACUAACUUAUCAGCUGUUAUUUAGC